AUGGGUUCGUAUGCAUCAAAAAAGCAUGGCUCUUCUAGCAGUCUUCAAUUACAUGUGCCUAAAUAUGAUUUAAAUCAUUUUGGUGUGAUAACUGUUUUAUUUAAUCCAAUCAAAUAUAGAUCACGUUAUGAAUCGUACCAUAAAUUUGAUGAACAUAUGACGCGUUCAGGUGUUACUUUACUCACUGUCGAAUGUAUAUUUCCCGAAUCUGAAAUAUUAGGUUUAGCAAAACAAAAAUUUGAAAUUACAAGAGAAAGUGAUCCGCGUCAUCUACAAAUAGCAGCACCAUCCGUUUUAUGGUUAAAAGAAAAUUUAAUAAAUAUUGCUGCUAAACGUUUACCAGCUUACGUAGAAUAUAUUGCUUGGCUUGAUGCAGACAUAGAAUUCGAGCGUUUGGACUGGGCUCAUAUGGCAAUAUACCAAUUGCAACAAUUCCCUAUUGUUCAACUUUUUGAAUUAUCUUCAUUUUUGGGCCCGUCAGGCAAAAGCCAAAUUUUACGUCAAGAUUAUUCAUUUGCUUAUGCAAUUCGUCAUGGACACCGUAUUGAUCCGCGUCGCUCAUCAGAAUGUUUUGUUCAUCCUGGUUAUGCUUGGGCUAUGCGUCGGGUUACAUUUGAAGCAAUGGGUGGUCUUAUCGAUUUUUCUAUACUUGGCUCAGGCGAUAUUCAUUUUGCAUAUGCAUUAAUAAAUCGUAUUGAAGAAACUAUUCCCGAUAGUGCACAUGAAGAUUAUCGAAGUUUAGCUAAAAUAUGGGGCCAACGCGUUGCUCAAUUAGCUGGCAACGGUACUUCUGUUGGUUUUAUUCCAGUAAAUAUAUGGCAUCAUUGGCAUGGAAAUCGAGUUGAUCGAGGUUAUUUUGACCGAUGGUCGACUCUCGAACUUUGUAAUUUUUCUCCAUUGAAAGAUCUCGAAAAGAACAAUGCAACAGGUUUAAUUCGUUUAACUAACUAUCGCCGUUUAGGAGAAAAAGAAGCAGCUCAACGUUCAGAAUCUAUUGAAAAAAUUAUUAUAUCAUAUUUUCGAUCACGUAAUGAAGACAGUUUGAAAAAGCCUAUACCAGCAAUUAAUUUAACAAUGGCAAGUUCAAAACCAAGAAUUUUAUCAAAUGAUGUGGUACGUCCAAGUAAUCCUCUAGAACAAUUUUCUCGACAAUCUUGGACGGUGGACAUAAAUCGAACACUUGAUGGUUCUGAAUGGAAUCAUGCGCAGGAUGAACGUUCAGUGCCUCGAACAAUCGGAACGAAUUCUCUUUCUGCCGAAAUGCUUAAUGAUUCUUUUUUUCAUCCAUCUAUACGUGAUACUAAUCCUCGAAGAAAUCGCCAUAAAGACUUUCUUGGACAAGGUAUAUACUAUGAUGAUGGUAAUGGAAAUAACUACCUUGAAUCACCAGGAGAAAUUUCAUUUUAA